AUGUUUGGUGGCAUUGUUCAUUCGCAUCUUGAAGCCACUAUGCAGCAUUCGACAAUUGAAAAGCGUGCAAAGAAGGAUAAAGCUGAACUCUCCGAACGAAAAAGAAGAGCGAAGGAGGAUAAGGGGUCGGAUGCUUCCGAGCGGAAAAGACGAGAAAAAACAGAUAAGGAGAAAGACAAGGAUAAGGAACGAGAUUCUACCCGCUCUGAGAGAAGAAAAAAGCAUAAUAGAUCUGAGUUAUCAGAAAGGCGUAAAAAGGAAAAAAAGAGGAAGAAGUCCGAGUCAAUAGACAAGAAAGGAUCAUCAGCAGAAAAGACUGACACACAGGAAGAUAAAAAGAAGACAAAGGAUAAAGAAUUAGUUUUGGACGCAACAUUUGAAGAACGUUCUGAACGGAAAAUGAAGAAACAACGUGAGCUAAUGUACAAUAUGCAAGGACGUUGA